AUGAAAGAUUUGGGCCCGUUGAAGUAUUUUCUUGGCAUUGAAGUGGCACGUAGUGCCUUAGGCUUAUUUUUGUGUCAACGCAAGUAUACUUUAGAUAUUAUCACUGAAGCUGGAUUAUCUGGGGCUAAGCCUUGUGGAUUCCCAAUUGAGCAAAACCAUCGAUUGAGUCUUGCAGAGGGCCCACUUAUCGCAGAUCCCGAGGCAUAUCGUUGCCUUGUAGGACGACUUGUUUAUUUAGCGGUUACACGCCCUGAUCUUGCAUAUUCUGUACAUGUGUUGUGUCAAUUUUUGCAGAAACCCCGGGUCGCCCAUUGGGAGGCUGCGAUGCGUGUUGUUCGCUAUCUCAAAGGCACUCCCGGCCAGGGUAUUCUACUACGCGCCGAUAGUGACUUGACUCUUCAAGGUUGGUGUGAUUCGGAUUGGGCGGCAUGUCCAAUUACUCGUCGAUCCCUAUCUGGCUGGCUUGUUUUUCUGGGCCAAUCUCCUAUUUCUUGGAAGACGAAAAAACAACAUACAGUUUCUCGUUCUUCGGCAGAGGCCGAAUAUCGUUCUAUGGCCGCUCUCACUUGCGAACUAAAAUGGUUGAAGGGGUUACUAUUAAGUCUCGGGGUUCAUCAUUCAAAGGCUAUUCCACUUUUCUGUGACAGUCAGUCUGCCUUACACAUCGCAAAAAAUCCAGUCUUUCAUGAACGCACUAAGCAUAUUGAGAUCGACUGUCACUUUGUUCAGGAUGCAGUGACAGACGAAAUAAUUGCACCGUCUUAUGUAGCAACUACUUCUCAAUUGGCCGAUAUUUUCACUAAAGCUCUAGGAAAAAGCCAGUUUGAUUUUUUAUUAUCCAAGUUGGGCAUUCACGAUCCUCACCAUGCGCCAACUUGUGGGGGGUGUUAA